AUGCCUGAAACAACUUGCCCUGCGUGCAACAAAAAACUCACAUUGAUAACCGGUUACAGCCAGCACCUUGCUCGAACCAGCAACCCUGUUUGUCGAGCUCUCUACCUCUCUUCACAGGACUUCAACCUUCCCCCUACUCCAGAACCAAAUCUGCCACAGUUUGAAGGAGAACAUUUUGGGAUGGACGACGAUCUUGAGUGGCAAGGGUUUGAUGAGCAGAUCAAUGAUUGUGGCGAUCCCACAGACGAGGAGCAUUCGGAUGAUGGCAGGGACGAUGAUGGCUUCAACGAGUGGGAACCUCCUCCAGCACAAGAGUCUCACUCCACAUACCCUAAUGGUGGUGAUUCCAACGACUCAGAAUUACCUCUCAUCCCUGAUAUUCCAGAAGACUUGAACACUGAUAACAUCUACGCUCCAUUUGCCUUGAAAAUCGAUUGGGAAAUGGCUCGGUGGGCAAAAUUACAAGGUCCCAGUUCAACAGCAUUUUCAGAUCUUCUUUCUAUUGAGAGUAUCAGUGAAAAUAUCGGACUCUCCUUCAAGAACUCACGUGAGCUGAACAAGAUCAUCAACGGUGAACUUCCAGGCCGCCCUGAAUUCAAAUGUGAACAGAUCAUCGUCGCUGGUCAAGUGUUCAAUAUUUAUUAUCAUGAUAUAAUUGAAUGUAUCAAAGUGCUCUUUGGUGAUCCGAAUUUCGCCCAGUAUCUCAUCUUUGUACCCGAAUGCCACUACGCUGAUGAAGACAAGACUGUUCGUUUAUAUCACGACAUGCACACUGGUAAAUGGUGGUGGAACUGCCAGAAAAAGCUUGAUGAGGAGCAUCCUGGCGCAACAGUAAUCCCAGUCAUAAUCUCGUCAGACAAGACCCAAGUGACCAUGUUCCACAACAAGACAGCAUACCCAGUAUACCUCACUAUCAGCAAUAUUCCAAAAGAGAUCCGCCAGAAGCCAUCGCGCCAGGCCCACAUUCUCCUUGCGUACCUCCCGACCACUCGCCUCAAACACAUCACAAACAAAGCUUCUCAGUGUUGCAUGCUUGCAAACCUCUAUCAUGCUUGUAUGGGACAUAUUCUCGCUCCCCUCAGCACUGUCGGCAUUGAAGGGAUCAAUAUGCGAAGUGGUGAUGGAGCCAUGCGACGAGGUCAUCCUCUUUUUGCUUGCUUUGUCGGAGAUUAUCCAGAGCAGGUCUUAGUGACUGGGGUCAAGACUAUGACAUGUCCAAACUGUGAUGUUCCCUCCGAUGAACUAGACCUGGCUGCUGUGCUUGAUGCACUCACCACUCUCGAUGAUGGUGGAGUAGCCUUUGUGCGUGCAUGCGCAGAGGCUGGUAUUAAGCCUAUCACUCACCCUUUCUGGGAGCCACUCCCGCUGGUCAACAUCUUCAAGUCUAUCACGCCAGACAUUCUCCAUCAAUUAUACCAAGGUCUUGUGAAGCACCUGCUUGCUUGGUUGUCCGAUGCUACCAAGCAUAGACAAAUAUGUCAGUUCUUGCUCGGCAUCAUCAUUGAUAUCAGACUCCCAAACAAUAUGUCCUCUGCUCGACUCCUCUGUGCUGUCCGUGGGUUGCUGGAUUUUUUAUAUAUCACACAAUACCCGUGUCACAGUUCUGAGACACUGUGUCUCCACAUUGACCUCGCAAAAGAUGCCUACCACUCCACAAACCACAAAAACGAGGAGAAAAUUCUAUGCCAUGAAAAAUAUAUCCAAGCCUUAUCGGGACAUCAAACUUGCCCUCCAGAUAUGUCAUUUUGUCGUACUCAGGUGAUGAUGAAGCAUCCAACUCUCAAGGCUGUCACCAUUGACAAGAUCAAGAGUGACUAUGGUGCCCUAUACUUCGCAAAUCACUUGCACGCUACAUUGCAAAAGCUGCACUUCCUGCAAAUGCCACAGAAAAUUCAAAUCCGACAAUGUCCCCCCCCCCCUCGAUUUGAUACUGCGUUAGUCAAUGAUGGUACAGGGUAUCGAGUUGCACAAGUCCGGGUGAUUUUCUCAAUCCCUCCUAAGGCCAUCUCCAUGCUAUUUCCAUCGACAUUCCACCCUCCGAAGCAUCUAGCUUACAUUGAGUGGUUCUCCCCCUUUUGUGCACCUGAACACAAUCAUGGCCUAUACAAACAACGCUUGGCUAGUGCCAUACCUAUUACCAAUGUACAUCGUAGUGCUCAUUUAAUUCCGCAUUUCAGUCAUGUUGCUCCUCGUGACUGGACUUCUGCUAAUGUCCUCGACGAGUGCAAAUCUUUCUUCAUUAAUUCAUACUUGGAUAGACACACCUUUGUGACUUUGUGCUAG